AUGUUCUCUUUUAUUCUCUUCUUACCUUUCUUUAUACUCCCUCUGACUCCCCUUGUCGUAGGCAAUAGAGUUGUCGUAGGCAACAGAGUUGUCGUAGGCAAUAGAGUUGUCGUAGGCAACAGAGUUGUCGUAGGCAACAGAGUUGUCGUAGGCAACAGAGUUGUCGUAGGCAACAGAGUUGUCGUAGGCAACAGAGUUGUCGUAGGCAACAGAGUUGUCGUAGGCAACAGAGUUGUCGUAGGCAACAGAGUUGUCGUAGGCAACAGAGUUGUCGUAGGCAACAGAGUUGUCGUAGGCAACAGAGUUGUCGUAGGCAACAGAGUUGUCGAGGGCAACAUCGUUGUCGAGGGCAACAGCGUUGUCGAGGGCAACAUCGUUGUCGAGGGCAACAGCGUUGUCGAGGGCAACAUCGUUGUCGAGGGCAACAGCGUUGUCGAGGGCAACAGCGUUGUCGAGGGCAACAUCGUUGUCGAGGGCAACAGCGUUGUCGAGGGCAACAUCGUUGUCGAGGGCAACAGCGUUGUCGAGGGCAACAGCGUUGUCGAGGGCAACAGUGUUGUAUGGGCAACAGUGUUGUCGAGAUAA